AUGCCCUUCCCCUUCGUCCUACCAACGACUUCCAGCAUAUCAUUCACCGACUAUUUCAACAGCAGCACACAUCCAUCCCUGCCAAACUGCGCAACCACUGCGCGAGGCGUCCUUCGUGACGUGCUCAAGCGACACAAGCGCAUACCUCCUGCCUCACAAGCCUCGAACCUCUCCACGGUAACAUCCGCCCUCAACGAUUACAUACCGUACCUGUUCGCCCUCGAUGCGGGUCUGAGCGGUGCAAGCUGCGCGGGAGAAGAGAUCGACCUGAUCUUGGUCAAAGAGCUCGAGGUGGAAUGGCGCUCGACACUGGGAUCCUCAAUACCGGGCCGCGAACCUGCAAGAGUAAAGCUCAAGAGCCUUGAAAGCGAGCUAUGCUACACACUCUCCACAUUGGCAUACGUAUACAGCCUCCAGGCUCGAGCACAACUACAUACGCUCUACAACGCGACCGUACCCUCGCCCGAACAACGCGCGACGGCCAUUGGUGCUGCUAUGAAGCACUUUCUUGAAGCCAACUCUAUACACACAUACUUGGUGAACCGAUCAGGCCAGUAUAAUUCACAGCCUGCCGCCAUAGACAUAUCGGCAUCCGUGCUGGGAGCGUUGGCGGAGCUGACCAUGGCUGAAGCUACACUUAUUACGGUGCUGAAAGAUGACCCGUACCCAGCUGUGGUGAUAGAAGACAGGAACAAGCAAAGUAAAGACUGGAUGUUUAGAGGGUCCGAUAUACCCAAGGUCCGCGCCCAUCUCUUCGCGCGACUGUGCCUUGCGUCGUCCGAACACGCUGCCAAAGCUCAAGCUAUGAUGGGACGGUCUUCCAAGGUCAACGACGACCUGCUGAAAUACGUGGAUGACUUGCGACGCACGGCAAAGGGUAAGGCCUGUCGGUUCCUCGCCUGUGAUGCUGAAGCGGGUGGUAAAACAGGAGAGGGCAUUGCGUGGCUACGGGGCGCAAAGAAGGAGCUUGGCUUUGCCUCGCUAGGUGCCGAGGAAGAGAAGAAGUCGUCUGGUUUCUCCAAACUAAAAAAGGAGUGGCAAGAGAAGAGAGAAGAUCGUAAGAUUGAAAAGGGUGUAGACUGGGGUACUGAUGCCGGCAAAUUCGAAGAGGGUCGGAUUGUUGACAUGUUGCUGAAGAAGUGGGAAAAGCAAAACGACACUGUUGGCGUCCAACUGGUGCCUCCCUCGGAACCGUUACUCGCAAGCAUGCCUUCUGGGCGCGAGUAUCACACAACGAAGAUGUUCAUUGUACCAGCGUUAGACGAGGACGCUUUGGUUCGCAUGCGGGCGCCUCCAGACCCGAGCGAGCCUUUCGAAGGCGCUGAAGAUGAUAGCGCGGACGAGGACGAACGCAGUCCUCCCGCUGGCGCUUUUCCAGGUACAAAAGCGGACUAUGCACCAGGAUCCGCCUACUACUGA